GUACGAUAAUUAUGUCAAGAGUGUAUAUGUACGAAGGCGGGCAGGAAUUUAUGAUUUAGAAAAGAUUUUCAAGAUAAGGAUUGGAAUGAAAACGUGAAACGUUUCUGUUAUUUACGGGGUCGUCGUUACGAGAGAGUAGGGAGCGGCGAAGAAAUGAAAUGAAUUCGUACGUGUGACGCGAAAAUCGAAACUCCCGCCUUUGAAUUAUCGAUUGCGCUCGUGGAAACGUGCUUUGCCAAAGGGGAACGCUCAAUUAUCGUUUCAAACUUCGUCUCUAACAUAAUGAUCUGACAAUUACAAUAAAUCCUCGGACAAGUAUAAAAUUUCCUCCAAUUAUCGCGCUCGAUUCUAUUUAGCAAAUUUUAUCUUCGAUUAUAAUAUCGAUACAUGCAGUAAAUCGUGUUUACGAUCUUAUCUAUUGAUUCGAUGCCUGAAUAGCAACACGUUGAAACUUUUGAUAUAAAUUCAAUGGAAAGAGUCGAUUCGAUCGGUAUUGAGCGACAUCGGAAAAAUUUCUUCCGAUUCUGUGAAUAAUCGUUCUUUGAAUUUUGAUAUAUUUUUUUCCUUUUUUUUUGCUUUCCGUUCUUUUCUUUCAAACGUCAUAUGAUAAUAAACUCGACGUACGAUAAAAAAGAUUCGUAUGUAGUAAAAAUAAUUCUGACGCAAGUGGGAAAUAUUAUUGGUGCAUUAUGCCGUCGUUGAAAACUUUUCGCGUAGAAUUCGAUCGACCAACGGCUACGUAUCUUAGUGGCGAAAUUGUCAGUGGAAAUAUUAUUGUGAACAUAGUGAGAGAGAAAGAAAUUAGAGGAUUAUUUUUUAUUGCAACCGGCCAAGCUAACGUGAGAUGGACCGAAUAUAAUCAUAUAAGAAAAAAGAAGAAUCAUAGGCAUAAUAUUGUCUACAGGAAUUCCGAAAAAUAUUUCGAGUUCGAAUACAAUAUAAUUGCUAAACACAGAACUAAUUCGCGGAUCAAAAUCCCUUUUGGAUAUCACAAGUAUCCAUUUAAUUUUCAACUACCUCAUAAUAUACCAAGCAGUUUCGAGCAUAAAUACGGACAUGUAAGAUAUACUAUAAAAGCCAUAAUGGAUAGACCAUGGAGAUUCGAUCAUCAAACCAAAAUAGCAUUCACAGUUAUUUCAACUUUGGACUUGAACGCACAUCGUGAAAAAUGUCUAGGAUUGGAUGAUGAAAUAAUAAAAAAUUUCUUUUCUUGCUGUUGCAAUCAAGGAUCAAUUAAUUUUCAAAUUAGAAUACCAUCCUCUGGAUACGUUCCAGGCCAAUCAAUAAUCACAAUGAUGAAUUACGUGAAUUCCACAAAUAACAUACAAAUAACGAAGAUCAGUACAAAAUUGUUACAAAAACUCAAAUUUUAUGCAUCUACGCCGCACACAAGAUUGAAUUCAAGUACUGUUGAAAUCGUAACUAAGGACACUUCAGAAUCGUUCCUGACUCGUGGACAAACCACAUCAGGCAUUUUAAUCCCACCUAUACCACCGUCCUAUCUGGAAUAUUGUAGCAUAAUAGAUUUGAAUUACGAAUUACUCGUUACUAUACACGUUUCAGGAAUGCAUUUUAAAAUGGAGAAAAAUUAUCCUCUUUUAAUCGGAACGAUACCACUCUAUUAUCCGCCUUCUGCACCAUCUCUGAACGAUAUAAAUGCAUCCACGACGAUAUCAUUUCCAAUCCCGACACCAGGUCAAUUUGAUAGAUCGCAUCUUCCACCGGAAGCUCAAACUAUUGGUUUCGUUUCUCCAGAACAACCCUCUGCUUCUUCAAAUAAUCUGGAUAUACCACCACCAUCCUAUGAAGAAUGCAUGUCUGGAACUCAGGAUAUCAUGGAUCAAAAUGAUUCGAAAUAUGUAUUUGGUGCGAAUACCCCUUGGGCACCUAGAUAUCCAGUAUUCAAUUAUCCACAAACAAAUAUACAUCAAUGAACGAAAGAUCAUAACGAAUAUAGUAUCUGCCAAAGUUUUAAAGUCAAGAAAACAAGAAUCAACAAAUGUGAAUCUACUCCAACAUAGUAUGUUAUUAGCACGUUAUUAUAUCUUAAUUAUAUAAAAAUUCGCGAGAUAUUUUUAUAUAAUUUUAUCAUCGAUUAGGCACGAGGGAAAAGCAACAGUUUUACGAAAAUGAUAUAUUUACACAAUUUAUUUUUAUAUCUCGACAUCGCCAUAUUGUAAUCAUAAUCAUCAUCGAGUCAUAUUAUAAUUAGCAGAAAAAAACCGAUUAUUAUUUUUAAAAAGAUGAACAAGGAGAAUAAAGAAUUUCGCGACAAAAAGCAGUAGUACAAAAGGAAUGAGAGAUUCGUCGGUAAACUCCGAUAAAACAAUAGAUCGCAAAUCGGUCGUUCUCAAAAAGAUCUGAAUAAAGAGGAUAGUAAAAAACUUACAAUAGCUCCUGAGCGCGUCUGCUUGUGUAACAUAAUUGGUUAAGAAUAUGGAGGAAAGUUAAUCAACAAGUUGCGAACAUAUUUCAGAUCAUCACUCAUAUAACAUCUUCUACUCUAUAAUGUAUACAAUUCAACUUGACGCUUUAGGAAAUACACAUGGUACAAUUCGCACUGUAAUCACCAAAUGCCCGAUAAACGUGUCAUUGUAGGAACUGAACCCAACCAUCUUAAUGUUAAAGGCUGUCUUAAAUACAAUGAACAGACACGGUUGUCAUGCCUUUCUUUUCUUUUCUUUUCUUUCUUUUCUAUUCAAAUAUGACUUGCUAUCGGAUGACUGUGAAAAAUUUUCUUUCAGCUUUAUUUUAUACUAUUAAAAAUAAAGUACAAGUAAAAAGAUUAAUAUAUCAUCGAGCAUAUUUAAAAAAAAAAAAUGCACUUGAUUGAACAAAGUCAAUUCCAAUAGUAUCAUUACGGUAUGACGUUCGUUAUGGCUGGUCCCAUUUAUCCCAUACAUUUAUCACUCAUAAUUACAACAAUCGUUCUUAAUAAAUUCAUUCAAUAUAAUCGAGACAAAAAUUUCACUCGAACGUCAUUUUGUUGUUUUUAAAUAAUCAUACAAUCAUAACAAUGUUCACAAGAACAUCCGACGCAAUAAAAAAAAAAAAAAAAAAAAAAAAAAAACAGAUAAAA